AUGACCACUUUCGCUCGGACAAUUAUCCACAUUGGCCGGCUGUUUCUCCUUCUGGCCUCCUGUGGCUGGGCAGCCGUGGAUGUCGCCGGACAGUCGAAAGUGCCCGAGACGGUCGAGGUGGACUUGGUCUUCCCUCACAACGACACGUAUGCACCAGUCGCGUUGAUGCCGUUGGUCUUUGCUAUUCAGAAUUUCCCUACUAGUCGCCCGCUAUUCCUACAGAUUGACUUUGACAUCUUCCACACUCCGUCGUGGAAUACAACUGUACAACAGGGCAUCAUUUUCCUGAAUCAUGCCAACUACUCCAACAAUGCCAGCACUAUACAUUUUGUCUACGACUGGACUACUCGGCUCAAUAAUACCGAGGGGAGCUGGGCAAUGUGUUGGGGAGUUUAUUCAGCAAACUGUACCGAUACGGGCCUGGCACCUGGUCCUCUGAAACUCGAUCCGAACUACCGGCGGAAUCUCGUCCACUUCUCUACCAAACAUGGUGCCCAGCAGCCCGAUCUCGUUGCUGCUUCCAAAGACGGUGUAUGCGACGAGACAACCGGAGUCAUUUUCAACAUUACUGAGGUGAAGGAAGUGUCGUGGUUCAAUAGACAUUCCGUGGACCAUGACGUUUGCCCGAUUCUUGCGCCGGAAGCCCCGAAGCCAAACCCUUGCUUGGCCAAGGUCAACACUAAUUUUUUAAUACUCGAACUCCUUAUAUAUAUACUUGAAUAA